AUGACGUCGUCAACAUCAUCAUUCCAACCUUCCAAAGACGACACCGCAGCUGCACCCACGUCCGCUCCUGAUGAAAGUAACACACCAAUUGAGGAUAAAGAAAUCGAGGCGUCAUUCGUGACUUCACAGACUAAGAUCCCCAUUGACACCAAUAAUCCCGCAGCCACUCAAUUGCAAACACCCUCGCAACGAGUGAAGUUUAGCGAACCACAAAUUCCAUAUAGACCCAAGACACCAAGACGAAGGAGAACUCCAUAUGCCUGGGAUGAUCAAUUAAGGCCUGUUUACGAUGAUGACCACUCGAGAAAUAACAAGAAAGGCGUCAAUUAUGGGACAAAGAGAAAAGUUGCUGACUCGAAAAGAAUAGAAGUUGGCGGUGAAUUCAGAGGCGACGAUAAGUUGAGAGGUGCACAAGAAGAGGGCGAUGACAACGCGUGA